AUUAAACCAAAAUUUAAGGUAAAACCCAAAUCCUCACGAUUUUAGUGUACGAAAAUUUAUUGUCAGAUAGAAUGCUUAUCCACAUUAAUGUCAAGGCAGUCCAGAGAUUUCAGCACCACCAAAAAUUUUCCAAAACGUUGGUUAACGUAAUUCUGCUUAACAAAACAAAAAUUUACUAAACCAAAAAGCCAUGGUUAACUCAAUUCUGCUUAACAAAACAAAAAAUUUACUUUGACUUUUAUUUUUUUUCAAUUUUUGUUAGAUGGAUUUAUGAUCGUCAAAUCAAAAUCCAACGUCUGCUUUGUUUUACCGUCAAAAUCGAAGUCCUCCCUGUCAGCUUCCUUCUUUCUCUGUCUUCUCUUUUUUUUUUCUCGGCAAACAAACAGACAAACCAGAAACAAAAAAACAAUCCUAGAAAAGGAGUACCCGUCAUUGUAUUGAAGUACCGCCCCACUCUCUUUUGCCACCUCUAUCGUUCUCCAUCUCUCAUACUCCCUCGUUUUAUGAUUUAUUAUCAAUACUCUGCCUUAGAACUUUCUAGUUGUCUCUUUUGUUCUCUUUUUCACUUGAUGGGUGCAAAUUUCUCUGCUUCGUUCAUCGACCGAAAUGAUUUAUCAUCUGUUUCUUCAUCAUUCUCCAGUUUGGGGGACUUGCCAGAAAGCUGUGUGGCCUCAAUUAUCGGGUAUUUGGAUCCUCCAGAGAUAUGUAAAUUGGCAAAGUUGAACAGAGCCUUUAGAGGUGCUUCUUGGGCUGAUUUUGUGUGGGAAUCGAAAUUGCCACCCAAUUAUCAAAUCCUUGUUGGUAAAAUUCUAGGCUUUGUGCCUGAAAAUUGGGGUAAACGAGUCAUUUAUACAAAGCUCUGUAGAGCUAAUUCUUUCGACGGUGGCACCAAGAAAUUAUGGCUGGAUAAGAGCACAGGUGGUGUUUGUUUGGCAAUCUCUUCAAAGGGGUUACGGAUAACGGGGAUUGAUGAUCGAAGAUAUUGGAAUUAUAUUCCUACUGAAGAAUCUAGGUUCUGUUCCGUAGCAUAUCUUCAGCAAAUCUGGUGGUUUGAAGUUGAUGGGGAGGUGGAAUUUCCAUUUCCAGCGGGGUCCUAUAGCGUUUUCUUCAGACUGCAGCUGGGUCGUGUCUCCAGGAGGUUUGGUCGCCGAAUCUGCAACUCUGAGCAUGUUCAUGGUUGGGAUAUAAAACCUGUAAGUUUUCAGCUAUGGACUUCGGAUGGUCAGCAUGCCACAUCACAGUGCACUUUGAGUGAGCCGGGGCAUUGGUUUCACUACCAUGUGGGAGACUUCAAUGUUGAGAACUCAAAUUCAUCGACUAAGAUUAAGUUAUCUAUGACUCAAAUUGAUUGCACACAUACAAAGGGUGGUCUGUGUUUAGACUCUGUGGUCGUAUACCCAAGUAAAUUUAGAGAAAGAUUAAAGCACAAAGGAUUUUUGAAAUGCACUAAACCCAUGUAAUUAAAUUAGAACUUUUUAUUUUGUAGAGCCGUGUACACAUAUUCAAGGAUAGUAUAAUCAAGUUCUAGCUGGUUUUUUGAGUCAAUUUUGUGUAUAAAAAAAUAUGAUUGCACCUUUCUUUCUCCUUUUUGUUGCGUUUAACUUCAAUUUAGCUUAAUAAACCAAAUCAAUAAGCAAAACAGUAGACAGAAAACCUGCAAAAGGAACAAAGUGAAUCUGUGCUCGCAAAACUCUUACCUUACGUCAACAUGUAAUGUAAUUUCAUUAAACCAAUUAAAAGAAAAGAAAAAAAAAACUAAUUUUGGGUUUCCGUUCAUUGGCUAUAUGUUUAAAUAAACUUGACGAAAAACACUGCCAUAAAAAUGGGGACAUUGAAAAACUCGUGAAAGUUUUUUGAUUUAAAGGCACAACCAAUCUG